AUGGACGGGCUCCUGCCGCGUCUCUUCGAACUUUCUGAGGUGACUGCAGGGGCACUUGCGGUCCAGAACGAGGUCUUCAUACUCGCGAGCUGUGUCGUCCUGGUAGCGCUUGCUGGUUCCUGGUUCCUUUCUUCGUCCGGCACUGGUAAGGCCGCCUCCUUCGCUGGAGCUUUCGUCGAUGCUGCGGAGCACUCUGUCGACGAGUUCAUUGAGGAGGAUUUUCUAACCAUGGGCAUGCCAAAAGAGCCCCACCUGGAGGGAGGCUUCCAGCCUCCCACGGUGCUGUUGCAAAGCAACAGCACGGAACCCUAUGACUUCGACAACGACAACUGCCGCGGGCAGUUCUUGGCUUUGCACCGCCCUACCCACGACAGCAAGCUGAGUGAGUCGGGGCGAUACCGUUAUGGAGAGCACUUCAAGGGCAAGAAGCGACUGUGGGAGCUUCGCUUCCGGUUUCAGCUCAAACGGCCACUGAGCCAGUCCGACCUCUUCUUCGGCGCCGAGCUCGAGGAGUACGUGCCUCUGAGUGCCGCCACGAAGCGUGCCAUGGACCUCUCCGUGUCCGGCAUGCGACUGGUGGUGGGUGACCGGCUCUACCACAGCCCUGGCGACCCAGAGAAUGUGGAGGGAGAGCGCGAGCGACCAGCGAUCACCCUGCCCCUCUGGGCUUUCGACCAGUACAUCGUCACGCCGGAAGGUGAGGCCCCGCCGGAACUCACAGAUCCGGAUCUACCCAACAUGGGCCACAAGCGCUUUGGUCAGCUGCGCGAGUAUCGGCGAUCGCUCGAUGCCUUGGAACUGGUUCCAGGCCCCACUUUCACGUUUUGCUUCUGGGGUGUGAGCCGCUUCUGCGACGUCCUCCAGUGGCAGGCCACAGGCAUCCCCAUGUUCACCCCUCUGGACCUGAACCAGUACUGUGGCAGACCUCCGCUCCACUUUGUCCUCUACACCCUCACGGACAAGGGAGAGGAGACCAGACAUCUACAGAGCCGCAAGACCUACUUCUUCCGCUGCGGAUUCUGGAGCUCGCUCCGGCGCCCAGGGAGUGACGUCGUGCGACACUUCGCCGGAAAGUCGCUGGACGUGCUGCGAGGCACGACCAAGGCGCGAAAGAGCCAACAGAGCAACGCAGGGACAUCUGCAGGAGUGACCCUCUUUGGCAUCAAUUUGUUUCAAUGCUGCAGCGACCGUCCAGGAUCCUAG